AUGGAGGGGCCAGAGAAGCUGGGUCUGUGCUUGUUCUGGGCGGUAUGGGCUGCAGUGGGUGCCAUCGAAGUGCAAAGCCCUCCUGAGGUGCUGCGGGCAGCACGAGGGAAGAAUGUGACACUCCCCUGCAGCUAUGAGACCACAGCUCCCGACCGGCAGGGUGUCAUCCGGUGGGACAAGCUCCUCAAGACACACACGGAGACGGUGAUUAUCUGGAAAUUCGGGAGCGAGGACCCCAUCUAUGGUGAGAACUACCAGGAUCGGGUGAAUGUCUCACCCAAUGUCGAGGUGUCGGAUGCAUCCAUCACCAUCAAGGGCCUGACCAUGACUGACAAUGGCACCUAUGAGUGUUCCGUCUCACUCUUGUCCGACCUGUACGGCACGUCACAAGCCCGUGUCCGCCUCCUGGUGCUAGUGGCCCCAUCCAAGCCUGUAUGCAGCAUUCAGGGAGAGACUGUGAUCGGGAACAACAUCCAGCUGAGCUGCCAGUCCGAGGAGGGGUCCCCGGCACCCCAGUACAGCUGGAGGAGCUAUGACUCCCAGAACCACGAGCGGCCACUAGUGCCACCAGGCACAGGGCAGACGCUGGCUCUGAAGAACAUCUCCAUGGACAUGUCAGGCUACUUCAUAUGCACAGCUAGGAAUGAGGUGGGCGAGGAGCAGUGCAACAUCACGCUGGCUGUGACUCCCCCCUCCAUGAACGUGGCCCUAUAUGCGGGCAUUGCGGGGGGUGUGGUGGCUGCGCUGCUCAUCCUUGGGAUCAUCAUCUACUGCUGCUGCUUCAGGAACCAGGACAGGGACAAGGACGCCCAGGACGCCAGGCCGAAUCGGACCAUCUACCGGGAGCCUCCAGAGCAGAUGCGUGAACUGUCCCGGGGGCGGGAGGACGAUGAGCCUGUGUUCUCGGACUAG